CGGAAAUUGCCGAGAACAACAUCGCCCGAUCUCAGUCUAAGCACCACGCAGGACUCCAGCCUCUAUGACUUCGUAACAAUAACAGUAUCUGCCCAUUGCCCCUACCAUGGAGGACAUGUCUGGGAGGGGUUCUUGCUGUGGCCUCCCAGACUGCAUCAUCAGGCGCCAUCUUCAGCUUGCUGACCUCAGUGCGAUCGAUGCACUUAGAGUUUUCCAGAGAGGGAGACAACUGGAUCUGAUGCCCAUGAAAGCCCAGAGAACGGUUCACUCGGUUUUUCCUAUGAUUUACAACACCCCUUGCACACGAUGAGACAGCCAGCGGCCCCGACCCAGUUGACUCGCUUAGAAGCACAUCGAAAUUUUACUACAUCUUUAUGUGCCGGCUUCCAUACUCGGGGCUCCUCACAACAAGAAACAUAUUCCCAACGAUUUUAUUGUCAUAAGAUUGCGAUCUAUUGUACAACAAGCCCCAUCAACAUAUCAUCAAGCCUUUUCCCGAAAUUAUGCCUCGCUGGGGAAAGUCAUGGACUGUUGGGGGAGGCGACAAGUUCUCCACCCUGUGGGCCCAAGAACGGGGAACCAAGUACAGGGGCUCAUCCUUUGUCCGGUCGCGGUGGACUCAAAUCCCCAAGACUCUUUGGAACAUGCAUGCCCAUGCGGCAUCUUCUUGCCCUUGUUUCGGACAGCAGCGCUUAUAUGGACGCAACCUCUUUCACCAAGCUCUCCGACACCACUCAAAUUAUCGCACUCACAUCGGUCUCAUCAGUCAGCUGUGGCCACUUUCUUUGUGGCACGAAUUCUCGUCGUUGGGCCAUCAUUGAUCACAGUUGCGAACUCGUGAGGCCAAUUUUUAGCGUUGACAAUGAUGACUACUCGAACAUUGCCACUUCCCAUUAUCCGCACACCUGAACUCUGUAUAAUAUGUCGCGGCUCGAAUACCAUGAAUUGAGUGGUAAUUUACGAAUUGAGGAGUCUGGUAUUUAACUUCGCGAACG